AGUUAGAAUCCUCGGGAGUAAAUAAAAGGAGCGACGCCGGGCGUCGGCGGCUCACUUUCCUCGUUCUUCGUAGCCUCGGGUUGUAGCUGUUUGCGCGAUGUCUGGCCGGGGCAAGCAGGGCGGCAAGGCGCGGGCCAAGGCCAAGACGCGCUCGUCGCGGGCGGGCCUGCAGUUCCCCGUGGGCCGCGUGCACCGCCUGCUGCGCAAGGGCAACUACGCGGAGCGCGUGGGCGCCGGCGCGCCCGUCUACCUGGCCGCCGUGCUCGAGUACCUGACGGCCGAGAUCCUGGAGCUGGCCGGCAACGCGGCGCGCGACAACAAGAAGACGCGCAUCAUCCCGCGCCACCUGCAGCUGGCCGUGCGCAACGACGAGGAGCUCAACAAGCUGCUGGGCAAGGUCACCAUCGCGCAGGGCGGCGUGCUGCCCAACAUCCAGGCCGUCCUGCUGCCCAAGAAGACCGAGAGCCACAAGGUCAAGGCCAAGUGAGGCGGCCGCGCCCCGCGGCGCGCGCGACCCAAAGGCUCUUUUCAGAGCCGCCCACGCGCUCACGAGAGAGCUGCUCCCGCUGCGUUACAUUCUCCCUCUCGCAAAGAACUCGCCGUGGCUUUUACGGUUCAUACGAAAAUGAUCCCAGGCUUUCCUUCAGUGUAGCUUACUCAACUGCAUCUUGGCGGGUGUUUUCUACGAUUUUACAGUGGAGAUCAGCUAGCUACCCCCGUAAACAACACAAACCUAACGCUUGUGUGUCAUAAAACUGAGGUCCCUAGUAUCGUGAAUAUAAAGGUAGCAUUUCUAACUCGCACUUUCAAGACGGAUUAAGUUUCCUGCCGUUGCAGGUUAUUCUCUCGCUUCUGACUAGCUUCACACACGGCUGUUUGUUAAUAUGUCCCGGAGUAAGCUAUAAAGCUAUAAAAGAUG